AUGUAUUUCCCCCCUCAGCCUUUGAAAAAACUCUUUAAAGCACUUCAAAUGCAAUGCGGCGAAAACAAAGUGAGAAUAGCCGAGAAGCAUCAGUUUUCCCAGGACAGACGUAUCCCGUUCAGUCCUCAGUGUUUUCAACUUGGAGAAAACUUGUCCCAGGAAAGCUCCUGCAGACCAAAGGAAGCGGUGUCUGAAGCUGAAAUGGUUAUCUCUGCAGGGCUACGAGAAUGUGGGACUGAAAAGCAAAAAGUAAGUCGAGAACCACUAAGCCUAACCUGGGUACCAAUGACAUCCACGGUCAGUGUCUUUGGACUGCAGCACUUCUCCCUUCAUAUCAUGGCAGAUGUGUGCACCUCUCAGUGUGGUUCCACAGUGUAUCAGCAGGGGGAAGCAGUGCUUUUAGAAGCCAGAGUGGAGGCCCUGAUGCACCCUCCUGUCACUGUAUAUGUCGACUCUUGCGUAGCUACACUGAAGCCUCACCCUCUCUCCUUGCAUAGCUACAGGUUUAUCACAAAUCACACAUGUCUUAUGGACAGUUUACUGCCAGACUCUCCAUCUACAUUCUACCAUAGUAGUAUCCAAAUGUUCAUCAGCUGCCAUCUUAUGGCCACUUUGAAACAAAGCUUACAUAGCAAGCUUGAAAAAACCUGCUUCUUUCACAGGCCCAUCUUCAGUUUCCUGUCUUGUGGCGCGCCAGAGGAAUAG